UUUGUCUGCUGGUAAAAAGUGACAUUAACUUUUGACUUACAUAGAAUAAAAUUUUGUUUGGAGAAUUAUUUGAAAACAUUCGUAAAUAAUAAAAAUCUUUAAGAUAGAGAGCUAUAAUGGCCAAUAUAAACACUGGACAGUUAUUAAAUUUUCAAGAUUAUUCUCCAGAACAUAAUGAAAGGAGUGCACGAAUCGACGUGGAGGCUGUCCAUACGAAUCAAUAUAAUAAUUCCAUGUCUAAUUCAAGUUAUAGUUAUGAAGAGCCGAAAGCAGCGGAGGAGCCGCAGUCUGCUCCGCAAACCAACCACAACUUUUGGACGAUAGAAUAUUAUCAAAAAUAUUUUGAUGUACACACAAGUGAAGUGGUGGAGCGAAUAAUAUCAUCAGUGUUGCCUCAGAAAGUAUCUCGGAAUUACUUUGAUGAAAGGAUUAAAGGAAAACCAGAUUUGUAUGGGCCAAUUUGGAUAUCUGUUACUCUGAUUUUCACAAUAGCAGUCAGUGGAAAUAUUGCUAAUUACCUACAAAGUAUAAAUAAGGCUGUUAUCUGGAGGUACAACUACCACCUAGUUUCUUAUGCUGCCACUGCCAUCAUCUGCUAUGUCUGGCUGGUUCCCUUGGCUCUGUGGGCUGCUCUAAAGUGGACUACUGUGCCUGAUGGUCAAGAUGAAAUGGAGACACAGACAUCAAGCACACCAACAAUGAUAUCGCUGUUUUGUCUGUACGGAUACUCCCUUUCAAUCUACAUUCCCGUAGCAAUACUUUGGACCAUUCCAAUAUCAUGGCUUCAAUGGCUCUUAGUUCUUAUGGCAGCAUUAGUGUCAGGCGCUGUGCUUAUAUUUUGGCUUCUCCCAGCAUUGAAAAAAUCGAAAUAUUUUCUUAUUUUAACUGGUUCAAUAAUUGGUUUUCACUUUUUACUAGCAACUGGAUUUAUGUUGUAUUUCUUCCAUGUUCCCGAUUCUCCAAGUAAAGUGCCUGUUGUUGUUCCUACUACUCCACCAUAAAGUUAGAUUAUAUAAACAUGUGAUGUAUGUAUAUAAUUUUAUUAGUACUUAUAUAGCACAAUGUAUUGUUAUUCACUUUGAAUGUGAUUUUUUGUAAGAUGUAUCCUAACUAGAACUGCAAUCCAAUAUUAUUAAAUUACUUAUGUACAAUAAAUAAUAUCCAAUAUUGAAAAAUA